AUGCCCAAGCUGCCCUCUCUCGUCCCGGCGGCCGUAGCCCAGCCGCUGUCCCGUGGGACGGAGCUGGUGAGAGGUGCGGUCGGGAGCCUGACCUGGGGCCCGGCGCUGUCCGUAGCCAAGCCCGCCAUCUUCUCCGUGUUCUCAAAGAUUGAGCGCGGCACGCUGCUGCUGGUCGACGAGCCCGCCGAGUCGAGGCACGUCUUCGGCCAGAAGCUCGGCGCAAAGUACAACGAGACCCUCACCAACGGUGACCACCAUGUCCCGCGCCGCGCCGACGCCGUGCCCCGCGUCGAGCUGGUCGUGAAGAGUGAUGCCUUCUGGAUGCGCCUGUUCCUGUUCGCCGACAUGGGCUUCGCGGAGGCGUACAUGCUCGGGGAGAUCGAGUGUAAAGACUUGACCGCCUUCUUCCAGCUGUUCAUUGUCAACCGCGAAGAAAUGGGCAACGGGACGACGUGGAUCUCAAGCUUCUCCGCCGCGAUCUCAAGCCUGGCCCGCACCACGAACACCCUCUCGAACGCGCUCCUCAACAUCUCAGCACAUUACGACAUCAGCAACGAAAUGUUCGCCGCCUUCCUCUCGCCAGAUAUGACGUACUCAUGCCCCAUCUGGCAACCGCAAACCGACCCGAACGCGCCGGAAGAAAGCCUGGAGGCCGCGCAGAUGACCAAGCUGCACCGCUUCAUCGACGGCGCGCGCAUAAAGGCUUCGGACCAUGUGUUGGAGAUUGGCACCGGUUGGGGCUCGUUCGCGAUCGAGGCGGUGAAGACGACGGGCUGUCGCGUCACCAGUCUGACGCUGUCCAAGGAACAGCAGGCCCUCGCGGAGGAGCGCAUCGCGGCGGCAGGCUUGAGCGACCGGAUCGAGGUGAGGCUGAUGGACUACCGGGCGCUGGAGGUGCCAGAAAAGCCAUUUGACAAGAUCGUGUCGAUUGAGAUGCUGGAAGCCGUUGGGCAGGAGUUCCUGGCGACGUAUUUCGCGUGCAUGGACAAGCUGCUGAAGAAGGAUGGCGGCAUCGCGGUGUUCCAGUGCAUCACCAUGCCAGAGGGUCGCCAUGAGGCGUACUCCAAGGGAGAAGAUUUCAUCAACCAUUACAUCUUCCCCGGCGGGUAUCUGCCAUCCAUCACCCAGCUGCUAAACCACAUUACGAACGAGUCGAGGGGAACGCUCAUUGUCGAGAAGGUCGAAAACAUUGGUGGCCACUACUCAAAAACGCUGCGCCUGUGGAAGGAGGCGUUCCUGCAAAACUUUGACGAGAAAAUCCGGCCAGCUCUGAAGCUGGAACACGAGAACAUGACCGAGGAAGAGAUUGAUGUAUUCAGGAGGAAGUGGGAGUAUUACUUCACAUACUGCGAAGCCGGAUUCCUGACGAAAACGCUUGGCGAUGUUAUAAUAACGGUUGGCCGCGAGGGUGCUUUGGAGUUGAUGGAGGGUAUUGCUCUGUAA